AUGGCUACGUUGCAAGAGCACGAAGCACUUCCGAGCAGGCGAUCUGCAGGUGCAUUCCCUCUGAGAGGCUACGGGCGACAGGAGCUGUUCAUCGCCGACCGUGCUGGCCCAGUGUCUGCAGGGGUCGUCUCCCGGAAUCUGGAGGAGGUCUUUACCACCACUGGCACUGCAGAGGAGGCCCGAAGGGGUGCUGAGCAGCUUGCAGAAGCAGCGCGGCGGACUUCAGACGAACGGCUGCGAGUCCUUGCGCUCUGCAAGCGUGCGGAAGCUGGUGUCCUAGAGCCCGAGCUUCGACCAGAAAUUGCGGACGAGGCUCUUUCUGCUGUACGAGAGGCGCGGUCACUCUGCGACGAACUCGGCGACUUCGAGGAGGGCGAGGCUGCAGCUACUUGGCAGACUGAGAGCAGCAUCGUGGUGAAGCUCAUAGUUCGCUUCGUUGCUGAGGUCAGCUAUGCCAGCGCACGCUGCCAGGUCCGAUUCGCACCUGGCGACGAAGAAGCGCAGGCCUGGGAGAAGAGAGAGAGAGAUCGGGCCCUUGAUGAGGGCAGUGAUGCCGCAGCACUCUGCCGUGUCCUUGGCUGUCGCAAGGGCGAGGCUGCUUCAUUGUCCACGGUGGGCGAUGCCUACCAUGUCAUGAAGGAUGCCACCAAAGCCGUGGACUACCACAAACAAGCCUUGGCUGUCUUCAAGGACAUGGGCGACAAGAGCUGCGUGGCGUUUGCUUACACAAAAAUCUCCGAGGACUAUCGCGAGCUCAAGUUGGAUGCGAAGAAAGCCAGCAACAACAUGAAGCAGGCGAUUGUCCUCUUUCAGGAGCUUCAGAAUGCGCAGGAGGAAGGGCAGUGCUGGCAUCACUUAGCGCGGAUUCAUGCCAUGGCUGGAGAAGCAGAGUCGGUCAUCGAGUGCAUCACGAAUGCCCGGACGCUCUUCCAGGCUGUCAAGGACCAUGCAUCAGAGACCAGGGCAAUGGAGACCCUGGUGCAAAUGCUUCUGGACAAUGACCGCUACGAGGAAGCCAUCAAGCUUGGCAAGGAAAUCGUGACAGUGAACCACGCUGCUGGCGACAAGGAGGGUGAGGCGCGCAGCCUGACCAAGCUCGCAGAGCACCUGCUCCGCAACUACGAUUGGGCAAAUGCGGAGAAAGUUGCGUCCGUUGCAAAUUUGCUGUUCAAGAGCUUGCGAGAGAAGGAGGGCAUCGAUGUCACGCAGAGGAUGAAGGACAUCGCUGAGCACCAGGGCAAGGCAGGCCGGCUGGAGGCAUCGUUGGCGCAGCAGCAGGACUUCCUCCACUUGCCUCAGCCGCUGAUGAUCGACCCCGGCAGGAAAAAGCGGAUGCAGGAGGCCUACAAUGCUUUCGCCAAAGCUGCGUGA